GCACAACUUGAAGCAAAGUUAAAAGGGACUUCUUAACUUCUCUCACAUCCCAAUUGUCACCGCUGUCACCACCAAAAUACUAUAAAUCUCUUACUUUCUUUAUCCAUGCCAGAAAACAGCAUAGCACCCAAAGCAGAACCCAGUAACAGUCACCCUGUUGAAGGGUCACUAGAGAUGACUGGGUUCCAUAACUUGACCAUCCUUCCCAUACAAAAUAAUCAGCAAUCUUUUGCAAAACUUGCUGUGUAUCCCAUAACUUUGAAGUUUGAGGAAUUGGUGUACAAGGUUAAAAUAGAGCAGAAAGGUAUUUGUUGGAGCAGCACAAGGAGUUCAAAAGAGAAGACCAUAUUGAAUGGAAUCACGGGUAUGGUUUCCCCUGGAGAAAUACUAGCUAUGUUGGGGCCAUCUGGGAGUGGCAAAACCACACUUCUAACAGCACUUGGAGGGCGUCUUAGGGGUAAACUCUCAGGAAAGGUCACAUACAACAAUCAGCCAUUUUCAGGUGCCAUGAAGAGAAGAACAGGUUUUGUGGCCCAAGAUGAUGUGCUAUACCCUCAUUUAACUGUAACUGAAACUCUACUCUUCACUGCACUUCUAAGGCUUCCCAAUAGCUUAACCAGGGAAGAGAAAGUUGAACAUGUAGAGAAUAUUAUGAAUGAACUAGGACUUAGUAGGUGCAGGGGUAGCAUGAUUGGAGGCCCACUUUUCAGAGGGAUAUCAGGGGGUGAGAAAAAGAGGGUAAGUAUAGGCCAGGAAAUGCUCAUCAAUCCAAGCCUGUUGCUGUUGGAUGAGCCCACUUCAGGUUUGGACUCUACAACAGCACAGAGGAUCAUGAACACAAUCAAACGCUUGGCCAGUGGUGGCAGAACUGUUGUCACCACCAUUCACCAACCUUCGAGUCGCCUCUACCACAUGUUUGAUAAGGUUGUCUUGCUCUCUGAAGGGUGUCCCAUCUACUAUGGCCCUGCUUCUACUGCAAUGGACUACUUUUCUUCUGUUGGUUUUUCCACACCCAUGAUUGUCAAUCCAGCUGAUUUAUUGCUUGAUCUUGCCAAUGGGAUUGCUCCGGAUUCUAAACAUGCAACUGAACAAAGUGAGAGCCAGGAAACAGAAAAGAAGUUGGUGAGAGAAGUUUUAAUCUCUGCUUAUGACAAGAACAUAGCUACAAGGCUGAAAGCUGAGCUAAGUAGCUUGGAGGUGAACACCUACAAUAUCACCAAAGAUCCCACAAGAAAUCACAUGAAACCGGAGCAAUGGUGCACAAGUUGGUGGCAUCAGUUCAAAGUGCUAUUGCAAAGGGGUCUAAGGGAGCGAAGGUUUGAAGCGUUCAACAGGCUGAGAAUAUUCCAAGUCAUAAGUGUCGCUUUUCUUGGUGGACUCCUGUGGUGGCACACCCCAAAAUCACACAUCGGAGAUCGGAUAGCCCUGCUGUUUUUCUUCUCUGUUUUCUGGGGAUUCUACCCUCUCUACAAUGCUGUUUUCACAUUUCCACAAGAGAGAAGAAUGCUGAUAAAGGAACGUUCAUCAGGAAUGUACCGUCUUUCUUCAUACUUUCUAGCCAGAACAAUAGGAGACUUGCCACUAGAGCUUGCACUUCCAACAGCAUUUGUGUUCAUAAUAUAUUGGAUGGGAGGGCUUAACCCUCAUCCAAUGACCUUUAUCCUUUCCCUUCUUGUGGUCCUUUACAGUGUCCUCGUGUCUCAAAGUCUUGGCUUAGCAUUUGGUGCUAUUUUGAUGGAGGUUAAACAAGCCACUACUUUAGCUUCUGUGACAACACUUGUGUUUCUCAUUGCUGGAGGAUACUAUAUACAACAGAUUCCUCCUUUCAUAGAGUGGCUCAAGUACUUGAGCUAUAGCUACUAUUGUUACAAGAUUCUCCUCGGUGUGCAAUACAAUGAUGAUGAUCAUUAUGAGUGCUCAAAGGGGGUGUUGUGCAAGGUUAGUGAUUUUCCUCCUAUCAAAUCAGUGGGUUUGAAUGAUUUGUGGGUUGAUGUGUUUAUUAUGGCCCUUAUGUUGGUGGGUUAUCGACUAGUUGCUUACUUAGCACUUCAGAGAGUGAGGUAGAGCUAAGUUGUGGCUAGUUACUGUAUACAUAGCAAGAGAACUUGGAAGAGUUUUGUCCCAAUUCAGCCGAGGAAUAAUACUAGAAUAUUGUGCUUCUGAUGGAACUCAUGUAAUGAAAAUUUUGAUAAAAUUUCUGAGUUGGAUAUGUCAAGACUUUUAU